AUGUCCACCACUACCUUCACAAUCACCGAGCCGCAGCCCCAAUCCAGGAUUGUCAAGCAUCUUCCCGUGGCUGAGGAUACGCCCGAGCUGGUCAAGGACAUCCACGUCAUCCCUUCAUUCACGGAGAAGGAGGCCGAGCGCCUGUGGGCUAAGCAACACAUGGUGGGCGCAUUUCGCAUCUUUGCAAAGUUCGGCUACAACGACGGUGCCGGCGGCCACAUCAGCCUGCGGGACCCGGUCAGGCCCGACUGCUUCUGGAUCAACCCGUACGCCGUGCACUUCAAGCUGCUCAAGGUCAGCGACCUGAUCCUCGUCGACGAGGAUGGCAAGCCCCUCACCCAGACGCAGCACAAGGUCAACACGGCCGGCUUCAUGAUCCACGCGGCGCUGCACAAGGCCCGGCCCGACAUCAACGCCGCCGCCCACUGCCACUCGCCAUAUGGGCGGGCGUGGUCGGCCUUUGGGCGCCCCAUCGAGAUGCUGAACCAGGACUGCUGCAUGUUCUACGACGACUUGUCCGUCUACGAGGGCUUCGGGGGGGUCGUCCUCGCCAAGGAGGAGGGCGAGCGCAUUGCACAGGCCCUCGGGCCAACCCGUAAGAACGUGAUAUUGCAGAACCACGGUAUCCUCACUGCAGGCGGCACUGUUGACGAGGCUGCUGCGUUCUUCAUUGCCCUAGAGCAGGCCUGCCAGGCCCAACUCCUUGCGGAAGCUGCCGCCGCCAACGGGAUCGCCAAGAAGUUUGUCGGCGAGAAUGAGGCCAAGUUCACCAAGGAGGGAUCUGGGAGUCCGGCGGUCAUGUUCAUGCAAUUCAAACCUGAAUACGAUCUUCUUCUCCACGAAACCGGAGGUGACUUCUUGGCUUAA